GAAAUGCAUAUGGGAAUCAGUUGAGUGCGUGCUCUUGACACUGAUGAUCUCGUGCUGAAAUAUUGUUCAACGCAAGAGAGUUGAUGCAUAAAACUUCCAUUAGGAAGAACUUACAGUCUUCGUCAGCUGUCGAUUACCAUAAGAUGCCAAAUAUAAAGGUAUUCAAUGGGAGCUCCCACCCUGAUUUGGCUCAGAAAAUCUGCGAUCGACUUGGCAUCGAACCGGGAAAAGUUGUCACCAAGAAGUUCAGCAACGGGGAAUGCAGUGUUGAGAUUGGGGAGUCUGUGAGAGGAGAGGAUGUGUACAUUGUCCAGAGUGGUUGUGAUGAAGUGAAUGACAUGCUGAUGGAGCUGCUGAUUAUGAUCAACGCCUGUAAGAUUGCAUCGGCCUGUCGCGUCACAGCGGUCAUCCCAUGCUUUCCUUACGCACGACAGGACAAGAAAGACAAGAGCAGAGCCCCUAUAUCAGCAAAGCUAGUGGCCAACAUGUUAUCUGUAGCUGGAGCUGACCACAUCAUAACCAUGGAUCUCCAUGCUUCUCAGAUUCAGGGUUUCUUUGACAUUCCCGUGGACAAUCUAUAUGCUGAGCCAGCAGUCCUGAAGUGGAUUAAGGACACCAUUCCUGAUUGGAGAAACAGCUGCAUUGUCUCCCCUGAUGCUGGAGGUGCCAAGAGAGUAACUUCGAUUGCAGACAGAUUGAACGUUGACUUUGCGCUGAUCCACAAAGAGAGGAAGAAAGCCAAUGAAGUGGCGACGAUGGUCCUGGUCGGGGACGUGAAGGACAGGAUCGCGAUACUGGUGGACGACAUGGCCGACACCUGCGGAACUUUCUGUCACGCUGCAGAAAAGCUGGUAGAAGCAGGGGCAGCCAAAGUCUAUGCCAUCUGCACUCAUGGAAUAUUUUCAGGACCUGCCAUAUCUCGCAUCAACAACUCUGUGUUCGAAGCUGUUGUUGUGACAAACACGAUUCCUCAGGAAGAAAGAAUGAAGUCAGCCCCAAAAAUAAAAUGUAUAGACAUCUCCAUCAUCUUGGCGGAGGCCGUCAGAAGGACACAUAACGGAGAAUCAGUUUCCUAUCUGUUCAGCCAUGUGCCGUUGUAAAUCAUCUGUUGUUCCUCAUUUGCAUUGAUAUAUCCACCAUGCUGGCAGAAUCCAUUCGACGAACACAUAAUGGUGAAUCAGUCUCAUACCUGUUCACUCACGUGCCAAUGUGAUGACAACAAACUCCAAGGAUUCGGCCAGUUUUUUCUUGUUCCCUGACUCUGCAAGAUGUUAUUAUUUUUUUAUGCCCCAUUUUUUUCUUCAAAGAACAUAUACGUCCUUUUAAUAUGUAUAUGUACAUAGGAACAUGCAUGUAUUUGUAAUGGGUUUUUUGUUACUUGUGGAAAUAAUGUGAAAAAUAAGUGCUAAUAACAAAGACACUGUAACAAAUAAACAAGAAUUUAUGUUUCAAUACAAAUUUAUAUGUUCAUUAUUAGUAUCAUUAUGUUGCAUUUUAUAUGAUUGAAAAUGUCACAUUCAAAGUCAACCAAAAAUUAAGUCUGUUCAUUGCCUGUUUGAUAAUGCAGCAAAUUGCAAUUGAUUAUUGAUGACUACGAUAUCUGAUUCUAAUUCCCCAUCCCCAAUUUAAUACAUGUUUAGGUACGGUAGUCUUAGUUGAUGCAUACAUUUUAUUUGUUCAUACAGGAAUAGUUUUUCAUCUCUCAGUAUUUUUCAAGGUUUGUGAAAAAAGAAUUAUUUUUUUACAUUAUUUUCAUACAAUUAUAACAUAUCUUCCAUUUAAUUUUUUUUUAAGAUAUUGAGAAUCUCAUAUUUCUGAUUCAAAAGACUUAAACAGAAAAAAUACAAUUGCUUGAAUUGCCUUGUCUGUAAUAGCAAUUAACCUUUAUACUGAACCAUCUUGAUAUUUUUGUGGGUACACUUAUUUUGAUCUCAUUUACUUUGAAUUUGGAAUGGAUGUUAAUGUCAUUAAAUGAACUUUCUUCCAUUUGA